AUGGAUGUUAAAUCCAUUGAGGCUGAAAUCAAAUUAUUCAUGAAGAGUGCCGUAGAUCGUGGCAUCUUAUCAAAGCUGGAUGGACAGUACAAAGUUAUGGAGAGAGGAAGACGUCGUAGAAGUUCCAGCAGAAGAAGGCGAGGAAAAUCGGCAGGAGCUCCAAAAAGUCGCAGGCGAAGGAGGAGUUCAUCGCCUAAAAAGGGAAGGUCUCGACGAAGAAGAUCUUCUCCGCGCAGGAAAUCAGGAAGACGUUCCAGACGUCGUCGCCGUAAGACCGCUCCUGAUACGGAAGUCUGA